AUGGUCAAGGUCACUGUUGUGUUUUUCUCGCAGACAGCAUUUUGUUCUUCUGCAACACAAUGGGAAAUCCGUAGUUUGGCACCGCUCCGACCUGUGAAUGACCAAAGUAAUGUGUCGAGACAAGUGGAAGAUGAAGAUGACACAUCUCAGAGACAAGUGGAAGAUGGAGAUGACACAUCUCAGAGACAAGUGGAAGAUGGAGAUGACACAUCUCAGAGACAAGUGGAAGAUGGAGAUGACACAUCUCAGAGACAAGUGGAAGAUGGAGAUGACAUAUCUCAGAGACAAGUGGAAGAUGGAGAUGGCACAUUUCAGAGACAAGUGGAAGAUGGAGAUGACACAUCUCAGAGACAAGUGGAAGAUGGAGAUGACACAUCUCAGAGACAAGUGGAAGAUGGAGAUGACACAUCUCAGAGACAAGUGGAAGAUGGAGAUGACACAUCUCAGAGACAAGUGGAAGGUGGAGAUGACACAUCUCAGAGACAAAUGGAAGAUGGAGAUGGCACAUUUCAGAGACAAGUGGAAGAUGGAGAUGACACAUCUCAGAGACAAGUGGAAGAUGGAGAUGACACAUCUCAGAGACAAGUGGAAGAUGGAGAUGACACAUCGCAGAGACAAGUGGAAGGUGGAGAUGGCACAUUUCAGAGACAAGUGGAAGAUGGAGAUGACACAUCUCAGAGACAAGUGGAAGAUGGAGAUGACACAUCUCAGAGACAAGUAGAAGAUGGAGAUGACACAUCUCAGAGACAAGUGGAAGGUGGAGAUGGCACAUCUCAGAGACAAGUGGAAGAUGGAGAUGACACAUCUCAGAAACAAGUGGAAGAUGGAGAUGACACAUCUCAGAGACAAGUGCAAGAUGGAGAUGACACAUCUCAGAGACAAGUGGAAGAUGGAGAUGACACAUCUCAGAGACAAGUGGAAGUGCAUGCUAACCUCACAAGUGUAGGGUGUGAUCGCCCGGGCAGACCUCUGCUCCCAUCCCAGGUCAGUCAUGCGAUUCAUAGUACGUGGGAAACAAGAGUAUGGACCUAG